UUUGGGGUUAGGGUUACAGAUGUGCACCACCACAUCUGGAUCCAUAUUCAGGUCCUCAUGCACCUUAUCUACUGAGCUACACCCUCACUGUUAUAUAAAUACUCUUAUGCUGUGUGCCCUGGGAAGGUGAGAUGGAGUUAUAAGAAAGGGAGUAUUGCUCUCCGUGCUUGGCUUAGGUUCCGGUGACAUGGCUAAACGCACCAAGAAGGUCGGGAUCGUCAGGAAAUAUGGGACCCGCUAUAGUGCCUCCCUCCGGAAAAUGGUGAAGAAAAUUGAAAUCAGCCAGCACGCCAAGUACACGUGCUCCUUCUGUGGCAAGACCAAGAUGAAGAGACGAGCCGUCGAAAUCUGGCACUGUGGUUCCUGCAUGAAAACAGUGGCUGGCAGGGCCUGGACCUACAACACGACUUCUGCCGUCGCAGUGAAGUCUGCCAUCAGAAGACUGAAGGAGCUGAAAGACCAGUAGAAGUGCUACCGUUUGAAGUGUUAUUCAGUAAUGCACAGACAGCUAAAUAAAUAGGUUAAUUUACGUAAAAAAAAGGGGGGAGUAUUUUAUGUGGGUGUUGUGAAAAAAAGAUCUAGAGGAUAUGACAUCCACAGCUGUACCAUAAAGAAACAGUAGUUCCCCAAGUAGACAAGGGGGACAAAGGCAUCUAAGAAGCAAGACCUGAGUAUACAAAUACAUCCAGACAAGAAAAAGUAGGAAAACUUUCUGGCUGAACUAAAAGCACUAUUUUUCUUGCAUAUUCAUAAUAAAGAAUUCUAAGAUGACCUUUUAGUGCAGAACAUGAUACUGAAUAUGAAUGUAACUGUACUAUUUAGUAGAAUUCCAUAGAGAAAUGGAUAAUAUGCUAUUAACUCUAAAGAAUAUAAAAUUAAAGCAGGGCAGUGGUAGCACAUGCCUUUAAUCUCAGCACUCAAGAGGCAGAGGCAGGAGGAUCUCUGUGAGUUUGA